AUGAACGUUUCUGGAACUCUUGGAGCACUUCGGUUGCUCUACAAUCCCUCUGCAUUUCUUCCUCAUAUUACAAUUUCUACAUUUGCCGAUUUGCCAAUUCCCCUCCGUGCACCAGGAUCUAAAACACCAAUCAAAGUUGUGGUUCUCGACAAGGACAAUUGCUUUGCCGCGCCGCACACUGACGAAGUGUGGCCCGCUUACGCAGCCACGUGGUCUCGGUUACGAGCAGCAUACCCCGGAGCACGGGUGCUGAUUGUGAGCAACACAGCAGGAUCUUCAUCAGACCACGACGACAGUCAAGCUAAGCGACUAGAGGCUGCGACUGGAGUGGAUGUGCUGAGACACCAUGGAUCUAAAAAGCCUGGGUGUGGGGCUGAGGUGCUUGCACAUCUGAGGGAACAAGGACUUGCGGAGCGUGGUGCUGAGGUUGCGGUUGUUGGGGACCGGUUAUUGACUGAUGUUGCGCUGGCGCAUAGCAUGGGUGCGUGUUCUGUAUGGGUGCGUGAUGGAAUUGUUCCAGACACAAGUGUGUUUACACGGUUUGAGAAGAUGUUUUAUGAUUACAUGACUGGGGCUGGGUAUAAGGCACGGCCAGUGGAGUAA